UAACACAUCCUGUACUAAUGCAGAAAGACUAAGUAGUGGUCAAAAAAUGCCUUCUAUAUUUCUCCACUGUUAGUCCGAUUUCGGCUCUUAAGUUUUAGUGGAGGACGCCAUUUUUCUUUGAAUAACCUAAAAGUAGAAAUCAUGGUGAUGCCGAGCUUGUGUCAGACUGCCUUCACGGUGCUCCGUCAGGUAGAGCCGAUUAUCGUGCUCGAGGAGCUGGGCAGCACUCUCUUCGACACCGCCCUGCAGAUGGUAGUCAAGGACCGGAGUGCCAACGCCACCUACCCCGAUAUCUCCAGGGAGGCCAGCCAGCAGAGAGCCAUGACGGACUUCUUCAUGACCUACAACCUCAUCAUCCGGCUGGUCCCGAUCAUUCCUGCGCUGUUCCUUGCCAAGUUGAGCGACCGCGGCAGGAGGAAAGCUCCCAUCGUGGUGCCCCUGAUUGGUUACGUGCUGUCCAGGCUCGCCCUUCUCCUGGUGGUCAUCUUCCGUAUGCCGGUGGAGGUGAUGUUCGGCGCGGGGGUCGUUUUCGGGCUCUCCGGCGGGUUCUGCGCCUACUGGCCCGGUGUGAUGACGCUGGCGUCGCUCGGCUCCACGGCAACUGACCGGUCCAAGGUGAUGAUGAGGGUGGAGCUGCUGUAUGGGACAGCAGGUCUGGUGGGCAGCCUGGUGUCGGGUCAUCUGUUCCAGCUCUACAGCUCCAGUCUGGGACAUGGGAUCGUCCUGCUCAUUGUGAGCAUACUGCUGCACCUGCUCUGCCUCAUAUUCUCCAUAGCUCUGCUGCAGGUGAAACAAGUUUCCAACAACGAGCCUGAUGAGAACUGCCACGCCCUUUCUCAAACCUCUGACAAUGCCGCUGUUGUCGAGCCUCCUGCUGGGAUAAACGUGGUGAACGUGGUUCUGCUGUUCUUGGCUGCCAUCCUGUACAACUUUGCAGUGGGUGGAGCCAUAGAGAUACUGGGUGUCUUUGUGUUGAAAGAGCCGCUCAGCUGGAGCGCCACUCAGGUUGGUUAUGGGAACGCAGCAGGCUGCGUGAUUUUCCUCACCAGUUUCCUCGGUGUCAUCCUGUUCCGUCGCUGCUUCAGCGACGUCAUGCUCAUCCUGAUCGGCAUGCUGUCGUUCGCCUCUGGAAUCUACUUCAUGUCCUUCGUCACGACAACCUGCAUGUUUUACCUUGCUCGCUCACUCAACCUGUUUGCUCUCAUCCCGAUGCCCACGAUCAGAUCUCUACUCUCACAGCAGGUUCCAGCAUCCUCAUGUGGCACCACUCUCACCUCCCUGCAGCUGGCCCUGAAGUUUGCUGGUCUGGCUUACAUCCCUGCCUUUACUAAGAUCUAUCAGAGAACCCUGGACUGGUUCCCAGGCUUUGUCUUCAUGCUCUCCAGCAUCUUUACCGUACUGGGAAUGAUACCCAUCAGUAUCGUCGGCUGCAGAUCACCACAGAGGCGACAGUACGAAAGGAUUUAGUGAGACUGAGCAGCAGUGAGUUAGCACUGGUAUGACACAGAUGGGAAGUGAAACAUGGAGUUAGCAAGACUAUAACUGUAGACGCUGCAGUAAAGGGGCUCCUGCACUUAAGCUGUUACAGGAGGAACAAACAGAAGUCGUAUGUUUACAUGAGCAUUUUAUGAUACAGCCAUUAUAUAAGGCCUGUGUGGACAGAUGACUCGCCCCGACAGGUGGCACUGCAUGAAAAUAUCUCAAACCAGUCUGACAAGAAGAUAUGAAAAUUGAAACUGUUGAACUUUUCAACCGAGUUGCAAGCAAAUGACAUCAGCCAGUGGAUUUCAUCAACCAGUGACGUGUCCACAACAAUAUGCCCAUGGUGAUUUCAACAUAAUGUACUAACUGCAAUAACUUUUCAGGGAAUGUGUCAGACAUGAAAAGUCCCUUAUGAGCACUGCUGAAAAUAAAGAAAGAUUUGAUUUCAUGCAUUUAA